AUGUGGAUUAAAUUACUUCUUAUAACGUUCUUCGGAUGCAGCAACAUUCAGUCAACGUCCUUUGACCUUCGGGGCGUUGUAUCUGGAAACCGCAUGGCGGCUGUCCCUCUAGGGAGAUCCCUUGGAGAGGGAGACUUGGACAUAGAGGGAAUUUGCAGCGAAUCUGGAAUGGCUUGUGAAAACUGCACGCAUGCUAUCACCUGCAUACCUUUACCUGUUGGAUGGCUAAAGGUACCUCUUCAACAGUGUCCUGACGGUCAAACUUGCAACGCACAUCUCCGACAAUGCUCCAACGAAUCCGUACCUGAAUGUGAGGUUGUAACGAAUAAAUUUCAACAUAUCUGCGAACAGGUUGGCAUAUUCCCAGAUGCGUACGACUGUCGAAAGUUCCACCUCUGUUCACCACCUGAUGGGCUCCCUGAGGGCAGACCAGCCGACCACAGAUCAGCCUUGUGUCCCAAACAAUAUGGCUAUAACCCAAGAACAGCUCAAUGUUCAAUAAUUCUAAAAAAUGGACAAUGCGACAAGAAACCAGUUCCUGACUGCAAGAAAGUUGGCCAAUCCGGUGCUUUGGAGAGCAGUCCGAAUCAUUACUACGUGUGCCUUUCAAGGCACGGUAACUUGUACCCUCAAAUAUUUAUCUGUCCCCACGGUUGGUACUUUUUGGAUAACUAUUGUCAACCAGAACUUAAAAACCCAGUUGAAGAAAUUAAUAGUAAUGGCCAUGAAAAUAAUAAAGAUCAAAAUAACUAUAAUGCUGCACCAACUGUAAAACAAGUUGCGUACAAAAUUGAUUCAUUCUUUUCAACUGAAAAAGCAACGACAUACCCAGUCGAUUCUUUCUUAGCAGAUAAAUUUGAUUUAACAAAUUAUGAAACAACCGAUGACGUUGCACAGAAUACAAAUGAUGAGUUUGCUAAUUCUUUUGAAGCCGAUUUUUGGUGA